CUUUGGAAUCUUUCCAAAUUCGUAAAAUCCAAAUUCAAUUCAAUCCUUUCAUUUUCAAAUUUCAAGUUUCAACCCUAAUCUGAUAAUCGCAAAAUCAUUUCAACCCAAUAAUCAGCAAUGAAAUUUGGGAAAGAGUUCAAAACUCAUCUAGAAGAAACAAUCCCUGAAUGGAGAGACAAAUUUCUAUGCUACAAACCAUUGAAGAAACUCCUCAAACAUCACUUACCCAUAACAACAACAACAACAACACCCAUCAAUCUUCAUCUUCACUUUCUUCAACAACCCUUUUCUCCUAACAUCUUGCAGGCUUGGUUUCUUCGGAUUCUUAAUCAAGAGCUUGAAAAGUUCAAUGAUUUCUACGUUGACAAAGAGGAAGAAUUUGUUAUCCGAUUUCAGGAGCUGAAAGAGAGAAUUGAGCGUCUUAAAGAAAAAAGCAGCCAGAGUGAAAAGUACACUUCUGAUUGUGAAUUUAGUGAAGAAAUGAUGGACAUCAGGAAGGACUUGGUUACCAUCCAUGGAGAGAUGGUGCUCCUAAAAAACUACAGUUCCUUAAACUUUGCAGGACUAAUUAAAAUUCUGAAGAAGUAUGAUAAAAGAACCGGCGGGUUGUUGCAACUACCUUUUACACAAAUUGUUCUUCGACAACCUUUUUUCACUACUGAACCUCUGACUAGGCUAGUUCAUGAAUGUGAGGAAAAUCUUGAGCUACUCUUUCCCCUACAAGAAGAAGUAAUUCAAUCAACUCCUCAUCCAGAACACGAGUCUAGACCAUCGGUAGAUAACACAACGAAUACUGUACCGGAGACAUCAUCAACUCUUGGAGAGGAAACUGUGCAUUUAUAUCGAAGCACUCUUGCUGCAAUGAGAGCCAUAAAGGGUCUUCAAAAAGCGAGCUCCACCUGCAAUCCAUUUUCAUUUUCUUCUCUUUUUAGCAACCAAGACGAAGAUGGUACUGGUGCUGUAACUGCUGAAAACUCUGCGGCAAAUUCUCCAGAUACCUUGCAAAAUGAGGAAGACACCGGUAAAGAGGACAAUGACUAACCCUUUUGCUUUUAGGGUUGAACUGUUUUCAGCCUUGUUUAUUGAAACUAAAUGAGAUGUUAUCUCUUUGUAUGCGUAAAGAGUAAAUUACACAUAAAUAAUGAGAUGUAUUUUCUUUUAGCAUCUAACUUUGAAAAUAGUACUUGAACAUUGUCUCUUUCCCUCUUCACUUGUACACAAUCGAUGUUUUGGAGAGCACAUUUCUAUCCUUGUUACAACUGA